AUGACGGCGUACGAUUCCAACAGGCACCGGCCCGCCGCCGGCGACGAUGCCGUCCGAGACAUUGAAAAGUCCGGCGCCGCCGACAACGAGCAUCACCACCACGACGACAAGGCCGCCAUCCUCGAGCCCCAGCUCAACGUCGGCGGCCACGGCCGCACCCAGCGCCGCCUGCGCGACUACCAGGUCACCAUGAUGGGCUUCUGCAGUGGUAUCGGAACCGGUCUCUUCAUCGGAACGGGUUCGGCCUACGCAAAGGCCGGUCCCGCCGGUCUCUUGCUCGCUUACAUCAUCGUCGGUGCCGUUCUCUGGUGUGUGAUGCAAAGCAUCGGAGAGUUGGCAACCUUGAUUCCCACCGCCGGGUCAUUCCCCCACUGGGCCACCCGCUUCAUCGACCCAGCCGUCGGCUUCUCCCUCGCAAUCUCCUACGGCUACUGCUUCACAAUCUCCAUUGGCGCCGAGGCCUCUGCGGCCGCGAUCCUGGUAUCCUACUGGACCGACAUAACGCCCGCCGUCGUCAUUUCCAUCUCCCUCGCCCUGAUCCUCUUGUGCAACCUUCUGAGCGUGCGCUGGUUCGGCGAGACCGAGGUCGUGGGCGGCUCCAUUAAAGUCCUCUGCUUCAUCGGCCUCGUCUUCACCUCCAUCAUCAUCACGGCCGGAGGGGGCCCCAACCACGAGGCCAUCGGCUUCCGCUACUGGAACCACCCGGGCGCCUGGGUCGAGUACAACGGCAUCACCGGCUCGACGGGCCACUUCCUCGGCUUCCUGGCUGCUUUCGUCAACGCGUCCUUCUCCUUCAUUGGUGUCGAGACAGUCGUCAUCAGCGCAGCAGAGUCCAUCAACCCGCACAAAGCGAUCCCCAACGCCGCCCGCCGCGUAACAUGGCGCAUCGGCUUCUUCUACGUCCUCGGCGCCCUCCUCAUCGGCCUCAUCGUCGACCCCCGCGAGGCCGGCCUCGUCUCGCACGCGGGCAACGCAAACUCCUCCCCCUGGGUCAUCGCCAUCCGCCAAGCCGGCGUCGACAUCCUCCCCUCCAUCGUCAACGCCUGCAUCCUCGUCAGCGCCUGGAGCGCCGGCAACUCGUACUGCUGGGUCGGCUCCCGCAUGAUCGUCGCCAUGACCACUGACAGGCAGCUGCCCCAGUUCUUUGGCCGCACGACCAAGCACGGCGUCCCCUACGUCGCCGUCGUCACCGCCUGGCUCUUUGGCCCGCUCGCCUACCUCAGCCUCGGCGCCGGCGGCGCCGCGGACGCGUUCAACUGGCUGCUCAGCCUGAGCACCGUCGCCGGCCUCAUCGCGUGGGCGACGCUGUGCUUCUGUUACAUCCGCUUCCACCGCGCCAUGAAGGUGCAGGGCAUCAGCCGUGACAGCUUGCCCUGGAAGGCGCCCUUGCAGCCCUUUGCGGCCUGGUUCGGCUUCAUCGGGUCCACCAUCAUCGUCCUCGUCGCCGGCUUCUCCGUCUUUCUCGCGGGUAAUUGGUCGACCUCGAACUUUAUCUCCUCGUACAUUGGAAUCCCAAUUUUCAUUCUGCCCAUCAUCGCCUGGAAGAUUUUUAUUCGCGCUCACGAGAUCGAUCUCUGGUCAGGCCGUCUCCACGAGUCAGAGUACGUUCCUGAGCAGCCCAAGCCGACGAAUAUAGGCGAGCGCGUCAAGGACUGGUUCUCAUGA